ACUUGCAGCGAGCGUCAGGAGUACGCCCAGGAACUCCGCCCAGCGCCUCCUCCAGCCCCGCGGCCCGAAGCUCACACAGCGCAACGCCUUCGCCCGCGGCGGAGAUGCUCUCCAGCGCCUUGCUGCUGCUCUACGCCACCCUGGCGCUCAGCUGUGCAGGAAAUCCUUGCUGUUCCAACCCAUGUCAAAACCGAGGUGUAUGUAUGAGUGUUGGAUUUGACCAGUAUAAGUGUGACUGUACCCGGACAGGAUUCUAUGGUGAAAACUGUACAACACCUGAAUUUCUGACAAGAAUAAAGUUAUUCCUGAAACCCACUCCUAACACAGUGCACUAUAUACUUACCCACUUCAAGGGAAUCUGGAACAUUGUCAAUAAUAUUCCCUUCCUGCGAAAUGCAAUUAUGAAGUAUGUGUUGACAUCCAGAUCACAUUUGAUUGACAGCCCGCCAACCUACAAUGCACAGUAUGGCUAUAAAAGCUGGGAAGCCUUUUCUAAUAUCUCCUAUUACACCAGAGCUCUUCCUCCUGUGGCUGACGACUGCCCCACUCCCAUGGGCGUGAAAGGAAAGAAAGAGCUUCCUGAUUCAAAAUUGAUUGUGGAAAAAUUUCUUCUAAGGAAACAGUUUAUCCCUGAUCCCCAGGGCACAAAUUUGAUGUUUGCGUUCUUUGCCCAGCACUUCACCCAUCAGUUUUUCAAGACAGAUCACAAGCGAGGACCAGCUUUCACCAAAGGACUGGGUCAUGGGGUGGAUUUAAAUCAUAUUUAUGGUGAAACUUUGGAUAGACAGCAUAAACUGCGCCUUUUCAAGGAUGGAAAAAUGAAAUAUCAGAUAAUUGAUGGAGAGGUGUAUCCUCCCACAGUCAAAGAUACUCAGGUGGAGAUGAUCUAUCCCCCUCAUGUCCCUGAACACCUGCGGUUUGCUGUGGGGCAGGAGGUGUUUGGUCUGGUGCCUGGUCUGAUGAUGUAUGCCACGAUUUGGCUCCGAGAACAUAACAGAGUGUGUGAUGUGCUUAAACAAGAGCAUCCAGAAUGGGAUGACGAGCGGUUGUUCCAGACAAGCAGGCUGAUACUGAUAGGAGAAACUAUUAAGAUCGUGAUAGAAGACUACGUACAGCACUUGAGUGGCUAUCACUUCAAACUGAAGUUUGACCCAGAGCUGCUUUUCCACCAACAAUUCCAGUACCAAAACCGCAUUGCUGCUGAGUUUAACACGCUCUACCACUGGCAUCCCCUGCUGCCUGACACCUUUCAAAUUGAAGACCAGGAGUACAACCAUCGACAGUUCCUCUACAACAACUCUAUAUUAAUGGAACAUGGGCUUACCCAGUUUGUUGAAUCAUUCAGCAGGCAAAUUGCUGGCAGGGUUGCUGGUGGCAGGAAUCUCCCAGCUGCAGUACAACAUGUAGCGAAGGCUUCCAUCGACCAGAGCAGACAGAUGAAAUAUCAGUCUCUGAAUGAGUACCGCAAACGCUUUCUGAUGAAGCCCUAUGAAUCAUUUGAAGAACUUACAGGAGAGAAGGAAAUGGCUGCAGAGUUAGAAGCCCUCUAUGGUGACAUCGAUGCCAUGGAGCUGUAUCCUGCCCUUUUGGUAGAAAAGCCACGUGCAGAUGCCAUCUUUGGUGAGACCAUGGUAGAACUUGGCGCACCUUUCUCCUUGAAAGGACUGAUGGGCAAUCCUAUAUGUUCUCCUAACUACUGGAAACCGAGCACUUUUGGUGGAGAAGUAGGUUUUAAAAUCAUCAACACUGCCUCAAUCCAGUCUCUCAUCUGCAACAACGUGCAAGGCUGUCCUUCUACUUCAUUCAGUGUUCAAGACCCGGAACCCACCAAGACAGUGACCAUCAAUGCAAGCCCUUCCCACUCUGGACUGGAUGAUAUUAAUCCUACAGUACUACUGAAAGGACGUUCCACUGAACUGUAG